GGGCAUGGGAGUGUGGGGGGGCAGAUUGUGGAUGAUGUGGACCCCCAGGGGGGGGCCCACUGGAGGCCCCUGAUGCCCUGGCCUCGGUCCCGCCGUGCGGCCAACAGGCACCCUCACUUCCCCCAGUACAACUACCAGGUCCAGGUGGCCGAGAACCAGCCCCCCGGGACCUCCGUCAUGGUCAUGUCCGCCUCAGACCCGGACCCCGGAGACGCGGGCCGGCUCAGCUUCAGCAUGGCCCCCCUCAUGAACAGCCGCUCCUCGGACUACUUCCACAUCCACCCGGACACCGGCCUCAUCACCACCACCCAGAUCCUGGACCGGGAACACAUGGACCUGCACUACUUCCGGGUCACGGCCACAGACUCGGGGUCCCCUCGCCUGUCCGGGACCACCAUGGGUGCGAUCACCGUGGCCGACCGGAACGACCACUCUCCGGUGUUCGAGCAGACGGAGUACCGGGAGACGACGGAGAACGUGGAGGAGGGCUACCCCAUCCUGCAGCUCCGGGCCACCGACAUGGACUCCCCCUCCAACGCCAACAUCCGGUACCGGUUCGUCGGUGACUCCGCCGCCAUGGCCCGGGCCGCCUUUGAGAUUGACCCGCGCUCCGGCCUCAUCACGACCCGAGGGGCGGUGGACCGGGAAACCAACGAGCACUACACCCUCCAGGUCGAAGCCACUGACCAGGGGAAGGAACCCAGUCCUCGCUCGGCCACCGUGAAGGUCCACAUCACCGUCCUGGAUGAAAACGACAACGUUCCGCAGUUCAGUGAAAAGCGCUACGUGGUGGCGGUGAAGGAGGAUGUCCGGCCUCACUCCAAGAUCCUCCGAGUCAGUGCCACCGACCGAGACAAGGACAACAACGCCGCCGUCCACUACAACAUCAGCGGGAACAGCCGUGGACAGUUCUUCAUCGACAGCAUCACUGGUGAGAUCCAGGUCGUGGCUCCAUUGGACUACGAAUCGGAACGGGAGUACGCCCUUCGUGUCCGGGCGCAGGACAACGGCCGCCCGCCUCUGUCCAACAACACAGGAAUCGUGAGCAUACAAGUGACAGACGUUAACGACAACCCGCCCAUAUUUGUGUCCACGCCGUUCCAGGCCUCGGUGCUGGAGAGCGCCCCCAUCGGCAGUUCCAUCCUCCACAUCCAGGCCAUCGACACUGAUUCCGGAGAUAACGCCCGUCUGGAGUACAGGUUAACGGGCACCAGCUCCGACACGCCAUUCGUCAUAAACUCUGCGACGGGCUGGGUCACCGUCAAAUCCACCCUUGACCGUGAAGCUGUAGAACAUUAUUUCUUCGGCGUGGAGGCCAGGGAUUAUGGGAUGCCACCUCUUUCUGCCACAGCCAGUGUCACAAUUACAGUGAUGGAUGUUAACGACAACCGGCCCGAGUUCCUCCAGAAGGAGUACUAUGCCCGGCUGAACGAGGAUGCGGCAGUGGGAACCAGCGUGGUCACGGUCACCGCCGUUGACCGGGACGUGAACAGCGCGGUGACGUAUCAGAUCACAGGCGGAAACACCAGAAACCGCUUUGCUAUCAGCACAGCGGGCAGCGCUGGACUCCUGUCUUUGGCCCUACCGCUGGACUACAAACAGGAGCGCCGUUAUGUCCUGACCGUCACCGCCUCGGACCGAACGCUGCAUGACACCUGCCAGGUGCACAUCAACAUCACGGACGCCAACACCCACCGGCCUGUUUUCCAGAGCGCUCACUAUUCCAUCAGUGUCAAUGAGGACCGGCCUCCUGGGAGCACCGUUGUGGUCAUCAGCGCUACAGACGAUGACGUCGGUGAAAAUGCUCGAAUUACGUACUACCUCGAGGACAACAUCCCUCAGUUUCGGAUCGAUCCCGCCACGGGGGCAAUAACACUCCAGGCCGAGCUGGACUACGAGGACCAGAUGACCUACACUUUGGCCAUAACAGCUAAAGACAACGGCAUACCGCAGAAAUCAGACACCACCUACGUUGAGGUGAACGUGAACGAUGUCAACGACAACGCACCUCAGUUCGUUAGCCCCAGGUAUCAGGGAACGGUGAGCGAAGAUGCUCCUCCAUUUACGAGUGUCCUUCAAAUUUCUGCCACCGACCGUGACGCUCACGCCAACGGCCGAGUCCAGUACACGUUCCAGAACGGCGAGGACGGCGAUGGAGAUUUCACAAUCGAGCCUACAUCUGGCAUUGUGCGAACUGUUCGCCGUUUAGACCGGGAGAGCGUUCCCUUCUAUGAACUCACCGCCUACGCUGUCGAUCGCGGCGUGCCUCCUCAGCGGACCCCAGUCCACAUCCAGGUGACGGUCCUGGACGUCAACGACAAUGCCCCCGUGUUCCCAGCUGAUGACUUUGAGGUUCUAGUAAAGGAAAACAGCGCCGUGGGGUCCGUGGUGGCCCAGAUCACAGCGACAGAUCCUGACGAAGGCGCCAAUGCUCAGAUCAUGUACCAAAUCGUGGAGGGAAACAUCCCUGAAAUCUUCCAGAUGGACAUCUUCUCCGGGGAGCUCACCUCGCUCAUCGAUCUGGACUACGAGGCCCGGAACGAGUACGUCAUCGUGGUCCAGGCCACGUCGGCGCCUCUGGUGAGCCGGGCCACGGUCCGAAUCCGGCUGGUGGACCAGAACGACAACCGGCCCACUCUGCAGGACUUCCAGAUCAUUUUCAACAACUUCGUGUCGAACCGCUCCAACAGUUUCCCGAGCGGCGUGAUUGGGAAAGUACCAGCCCACGACCCGGAUGUGUCUGACCGGCUGUACUACACCAUCGACAGGGGCAACGAGCUGCACCUGCUGCUGCUCAACCACACCAGCGGGGAGAUCCGCCUGAGCCAACUGGAUAACAACCGGGCCCUGGUGGCUCCCAUGCAGAUCACCGUCACAGAUGGCGUCCACAGUAUUUCGGCCCAGUGCGUCCUCCGCGUCCUCAUCAUCACAGAGGACAUGCUGGGCAGCAGCGUCACCGUGCGCCUCCAGAACAUGUCCCAGGAGCACUUCCUGUCGCCGCUGCUCACCCACUUCCUGGAGGGCGUGUCUGCCGUGCUGUCGGUGCCCGUGGAGGACGUGUUCAUCUUCAACAUCCAGCCGGACGUGGACGCGGCGCCCAAGGGGCUGGACAUCCUCAACGUCAGCUUCUCCGCCCUUCUACCCGGCGGACACUUCUUCCCGUCCGAGGCCCUGGAGGAGCAGCUGUACCUGAACAGACCCCGGCUGACGGCGCUGACGCAGAUGGAGGUUCUGCCGUUCGAUGACAACGUUUGCCUUCGAGAACCUUGUCAGAACUACAUGAAGUGCAUCUCGGUGCUUCGCUUCAACAGCUCCGCCCCCUUCAUUUCCUCGCCGUCCAUCCUGUUCCGGCCCAUCCAUCCCAUCGCCGGCCUGCGCUGCCGCUGUCCGGUCGGAUUCACCGGCGACUACUGCGAGACCGAGAUCAACCUGUGUUACUCCAACCCCUGUCUGAACGGAGGCGUGUGCGCCCGGAGGGAGGGGGGAUACACCUGCAUCUGCAGAGAAGACUACACUGGUGAACGCUGUGAGUUCGACCGCCGUCAGGGCAGGUGCGUCCCCGGCGUCUGUCGGAACGGGGGCACGUGUCGGGAGCUGUCGGGCGGAGGUUUCCGCUGCGAGUGUCCGGCCGGCGGAUACGAACAGCCCUACUGCACCAUCACCGCUCGCUUCUUCCCGUCCAAGUCCUUCGUCAUGUUCCGCGGCCUCAGACAGCGCUUCCACCUCUCCAUCUCCCUGACAUUUGCCACCCUGGAGAGCAGAGGCCUUCUGUUCUACAACGGACGCUUCAACGAGAAACACGACUUCAUAGCUUUGGAGAUUCAAGAAGGACAGGUGGUCCUCAAAUAUUCAACAGGUGAAUCGUCCACUCAGGUGAGCCCCUUCGUACCUGGAGGUGUGAGUGACGGCAGCUGGCACACCGUCCACAUCCACUACUACAAUAAGCCAGCUACUCGCUAUCCCAAGCGCAGUAUGAGCGGUGAGGCCCAGGGUCCGUCAGAUGAGAAGAUCGCCGUGGUGAGCGUUGACGACUGCGACACGGCGUUGUCUCUUCGUUUCGGGAUGCAGCUGGGAAACUACAGCUGUGCAGCGCAGGGGAAACAGACCAGCACCAAGAAGUCUCUGGAUCUGACCGGACCCUUGUUUCUGGGAGGAGUUCCCAAUGUUCCAGAUAAUUUCCCCUUCGGCACCAGAGAGUUUUUUGGAUGUAUGAAAGACCUGCACAUCGACAACAAACCCCUGGACAUGGCUGGAUUCAUCGCUAACAAUGGAACCCUCCCCGGCUGCAGUGCAAAGAUGGCGUACUGUAAAACCAACCCGUGUCAGAACGGUGGAACGUGCAGAGUGAGCUGGGACACGUUCGCCUGUGACUGCCCCCUAGGGUACGGAGGCAAGGACUGCAGCCACGCGAUGCCCCACACCCACCGCUUCCUGGGAAACAGCGCCCUCUGGUGGGACCUGAAGAACGACGUCACCAUCUCCAACCCCUGGUUCAUGGGCCUGGUGUUCCGGACCAGGGCCCGGGAGGGGACACUGCUGCAGGCCCAGGCCGGACAGUACACCAGCCUGGUGUUCCAGGUGGUCAACGGUCAGCUGGUGUUCUCGGUCACCCGUGGCUCCACCAGGCCGGUGCGUCUGCGCUUGGAUAAGGUUCAGGUGGCAGAUGGACGAUGGCACGACCUCCAGCUGGAGCUGAGAGACGUCCCCAGCAGCCGUGAAACGCACUACGUGGCCACGCUGAGGCUGGACUUCGGAUUUCAGGAGAGAGUGAUCGUGGGAAAUGAGAUUCAUGGUUUGAAGGUGAAACAUCUGCACGUGGGUGGAGUCCUGGGCUCUGGAGAGGUUCAGAACGGGAUAAAAGGCUGCAUACAGGGCGUUCGUCUGGGGGUUCGACCCGACGGCCCCUCCCUGCCCCGCCCCUCCAGAGCCGUCAAAGUGGAGACCGGCUGCAACGUGGGAAACCCCUGCGUCUCCUCCCCUUGCCCCGCCCACAGCCGCUGCACCGACCAAUGGGAGAGGCACUCGUGCGUCUGCGAACCUGGUUACUACGGCAAAGGCUGCACCGACGCCUGUCACCUGAACCCAUGUGAAAACGAGGCCCAGUGUCACCGCAAACCCACCACCUCCCAUGGAUACAUCUGUGACUGUGGAGACAACCACUACGGACAGUACUGCCAACACAGGAUCGACCACCAGUGUCCCCGGGGCUGGUGGGGGUCUCCCAACUGUGGACCCUGUCACUGUGACGCCAACAAAGGCUUCGACCCCGACUGCAACAAGACCAGCGGACACUGUCACUGCAAGGAGUUCCACUACCGUCCACGAGGCUCCGACUCCUGCCUCCCAUGUGACUGCUACCCCGUGGGCUCCUUCUCGCGGUCAUGUGACCCCGAGUCCGGCCAGUGCCAGUGUCGGCCCGGUGUGAUCGGACGCCAGUGCAACACCUGCGACAACCCGUUCGCCGAGGUCACGAAUUCAGGCUGUGAAGUGAUUUAUGACGGAUGUCCCAAAACCAUCACUCAGGGGAUCUGGUGGCCUCGGACCAAGUUCAACCUCCCCGCCGCCGUGCCCUGCCCUAAAGGCUCAGUCGGUGCCGCCAUCAGACACUGUGAUGUGGAGAGAGGGUGGAUGGAGCCGGACCUGUACAACUGCACCUCACCUCCGUUUGUGGAGCUCAACGCUGCGCUGGAUUCCCUGGAGCGAAACGAGACGGAGCUCAACACCAUCAUGGAGAAGAAAUUGGCCCACCAGCUCCGGGACGUCACCGAGGCAACCACCCGUCUCUAUGGAAACGACCUGCAGAUCGCCGAGCGGCUGCUGUCCCGCCUCCUGACCUUCGAGACCCAGCAGAGCGGCUUCGGACUCACCGCCACGCAGGACGCACACUUCAGCGAGAACGUGGUGCGGGCCUGCAGUGUUCUUCUGGGUUCUGCUUCGGCUGGCCUCUGGCGAGCUCUGGCUCAGAGUCAGAACCACAACCUGGGGGGCGGUCCCGCUGAGCUGACGGACCUGCUGGACCAGUACGCCCAGAACCUGGCCCACAACAUGAAGCUCACCUACCUCAACCCGGUGGCGCUGGUCGCUCCCAACAUCAUCAUGAACCUGGACCGUGUUGAAAACCACACCCACGUGCGGCGGCGUUUCCCUCGGUACCACACCACCAUGUUCCGUGGGCAGGUCUUGUGGGACCCCUACACCCACGUGGUGCUGCCCCCUGCUGCUCUGGUGCCGCAGCGACACCAGCAUCACAGCUGGAAGGACAAGGAAGAGAAGACUGCGGUGCCUCCAAACAUGGAUUCCACACCCGUCAGUAUCUCAGCCAAUCAGACGGCAGCAUUCACGGCAGCCCGACGCAGCGUGUCGAUGCCCGAGGCGCCCAUCACCAUCGUCAUCCUGCUGAUCUAUCGCAGUCUGGGCGCCGCCCUCCCUCCCAAAUACCACACAGACCGACGAGGAGUCAGGUUGCCUAGACACCCGGUCAUGAACUCCCCGGUGGUCAGUAUCUCCGUCUACAACAACCAGACGUUUGUGGGCGGACACUUGGACCAGCCCAUCCUACUGGAGUUCAGGCUGCUGGAGACGUCCAAUCGAAGCAAACCGCUGUGUGUUCAAUGGAACCACAGCAGUCAGUACGAGGCAGGAGGCUGUUGGACGGUCAGGGACUGCAUCGUGGUCUACAGAAACACCUCCCACGUCCGCUGUCAGUGUCAGAGACUGGGAACCUUCGGGGUGUUGAUGGACAGCUCACAGAGAGAGCAGCUGGAGGGGGACCUGGAGACCCUGGCCCUGGUCACCUACUCGUCCCUGUGCGUGUCCAUGCUGGCUCUGCUCCUCACCGUCCUGGUCCUGUCCUGCCUUCGAGGCCUGAAGUCCAACACCAGGAGCAUCCACUCCAACGCGGCGGCGGCCAUGUUUCUGUCGGAGCUGGUGUUCCUGCUGGGGGUCAACCAGACGGAGCAGCAGUUCCUGUGCACGGUGGUCGCCAUCCUGCUUCAUUACUUCUUCAUGUCCACGUUCGCCUGGAUGUUCGUGGAGGGUCUUCACAUCUACCGCAUGCAGACGGAGCAGAGGAACAUCAACUACGGCGCCAUGCGGUUCUACUACGCCAUCGGCUGGGGCGUGCCCGCCAUCAUCACAGGUCUGGCGGUCGGUCUGGACCCUGAAGGUUACGGGAACCCAGACUUCUGUUGGAUCUCCAUCUACGACAAACUCAUCUGGAGCUUCGCCGGUCCCAUCGCCAUCGUCGUCCUGAUGAACGGGGGCAUUUUUAUGAUCGUCGCCAAGAUGUCCUGCAACCCGUCCCAGAAGGAGACCAAGAAGCUCCCGGUCAUUGCUACUAUCCGCAGUGCCUUCCUGCUGCUGCUGGUGUCCACCUCCACCUGGCUCUGCGGCCUCAUGGCGGUCAACAACAGCAUCCUGGCCUUCUACUACAUAUUCGACGUCCUCUGUCUGGUGCAGGGUUUGUCGGUGAUGCUGGUGUUCACCGUCUUCAACUCAGAGGUUCAGGAGGCCUGGAGAGUCGCAUGUCUGGGGAAAAAGAGCCCAGGAGAAGAUCCCCCAAGACCCCCGCAGAACACUGCUCAGAACCCCUACCAUAACGCCUCCCUGUUGGAGCAGAGCGGCCUCCAUCGCAUCACCCUGGGAACCUCCACCAUCUCCUCCGUCAGCUCCGCCAGAGAAAACCUUCUGGCUCGUCAAACCCUGGAACAGACCAUGGGCCACACCGGAGCCACAGACCUGGACGUGGCCAUGUUCCACAGAGACGGAGGUGAGGACUCGGACUCGGACUCGGACCUGUCCAUGGAGGAGGAGCGUAGCCUGUCCAUCCCGUCCUCCGAGAGCGAGGACAACGUCCGCCUCCGAGGACGCAUCCAGCGGCGCUUCAAACGCUCCAAUCACAGCGAACGCCUGCUCACAGAGCCCGCCCAAAACGGCACCAAAGACCUGGAUGGAAAUGACCUUCUGUCCUACUGGCCGGCGCUGGAGGAGUGUGACACACACACCCUUCAGAAGUGGGGCUCGGAGCGCCCCCUGGGGGCCGAUUACAGCAAGGACGCCGCCAACAACAACCAGCCCGACGCAGCGCUGACCAGCGGAGACGAGAACGGCCUCACACAGCCGCACAGACACCGCAAAGGUAUCCUGAAGAACCGUCUGGGUUGUCCUCCUGCCCUCCAGGGUCUGUCCACCAUGGGUCGGGUCCCCAGUGAACUCAACUGGUACCGGACGUCCACUCUGGGUCACCGCGGCGUCCCCGCCGCCUCCUACGGGCGCAUGUACUCGGCCACGGCGGCGGCCGGCGGGGGGACGGGCUCGCUGUCCCAGCCGGCGUCGCGCUACUCCUCCAGAGAACACCUGGACUCUCUGGCCCGGAGGCAGCUGUCCCGGGACCCCCUGGGGAGGCAGACGGUGGGCGGCUCCAGGGACAGACUGGACUCCCGCGGCUCCAGGGACAACUUGGACCUGUUACCCAGGAGGAGGGAGCUGGGGCUGGGCCCGGCCGGGUUGGCGGGCCUGGGCCUGGACCACCCCCGGGUGUCCUCGUCCAGGGAGAACCUGAGCGGGUCCAGGGACCGCUUGGACAACCACCACACCGGCAGCGUCCACGCCUCCCGCGAGGACCUGAGCGGCGCCGGGACGGAGGGCUACCUGAGCGGGUCCAGGUCGCAGCUGAACACGCUGACCCGGCGCCAGGCCUCGUCCAGGGAGCACCUGGGGGGGGCCGUGAUGAGCAGCCGGUCCCGGGAGCAGCUGGACACCAACGGGGUCGGGGGUCAGGCCCAGCCGUGCAGGGAGUGGCUCCGCACGCUGCCGCCGCGGCAACCGUCCCACCCCGACCAGCCGCCCUCGUCCUCGCCCCCGCCCCCCAUCUCAGAGGAGCCUCAGCAGGAGCAGGCCCCGCCCUCCGCCCACCACAGAGGACGGCUGGACUCGGCCCCCCCAUGUAGGUACCCGGGUCAGACUGCCCCCAACCCCAACCCUUUAGGCCGACAGCCGUCCAGCGAGCACCUGGACAUCCUGUCCUCCAUCCUGGCGUCCUUCAACUCCUCCGUCCUGACUCCGCCCCAGGCCGCCUCCAACCCCGGACCCUCCCCCUCCCCUCCUCAGUCCGCCACCUCCCACAGCAUCUCUGAGGUGUCCCCCGACUCCGAAGCCAACAGAAGUGAAGGACAGUCUUGAUGACAGCCUCCGUAUCCCAUCAUGCAUUGGGACAGUGCUGGGUUCAGAGCUCAGGGCCGCUCCUGAACCAGCGGGGCAUGCUGGGAACGUGGGAGGACUACACCUAAAGGAGGCGGAGACAAAGACCGAGUGGACGGGAGGACGAGUGGACGAGGUGAAGGCGUUUGUUCUGUACACGUUAAAGAUCCUCCAGUCGACGUCUACGGCCUAAAAACUGUGACAGACAAACAGACGCCUCAGUGUUUCAGCCCGACCCAGAUGAAAACAAAAAAAAAAGAAGAGACUGUAAAUAACAUUUUUUAUACAUUUUGUAUCUUUUUCAUUGGAGAUGAAGAAGAAAUCUCUUGUGAUGUUUCUGUUUUUGUUUGUUUUUGUUUUGUUUUUUUUACGGUUGUGUCGGUGUGUGGUUGUGAGCGAAGUUGGUGCGAGUGGAGAUUUACCCCCCAACGAGAAAAGAAAAAACCCAAAAAUGUCCCUGUUUUUUUCCUGAGAAACUUUCCCUCUCACCUGUCGACGUUCGUGUACAGCCACAGGAGAUAAAAAACCAGAGAUUAUGGAGCGACGAGCAAGACUGUAAAUAGAGGAAGGAGAGAUUAGAGGAGAAAGGACUGGGUGGGGGUCCGGUCCGGGUGGGGGUCUGGAGGCUCCAUCCUGUGCUGUUUUGUGAUUCCUCUGUAUAUGAAUGUGAGCUGGUCUUCAGUCUGUGUAUCUUGGUGCCUGGUGCUGUCUGAUCCAGACCAAAAUCAGCUGAUCCAGACCAAAAUCAGCUGAUCCAGACCAAAAUCAGCUGAUCCA